CCACGUUGCAAGCAUUGUUGUGGAUUCUCCGAACGGAGCGAAGGUGACACGAUGAAGAAGAUGGUGGCGCAGCAGGUGGAGGAAGUUCGGCGGUUAUACAAGAACAAGCGGCAGUUGACGCACCAGUUCCUCAACUUGGGCAUGGUGAUCAUCAGCGCGCUCAUGGUCUGGAAGGGACUUAUAGGACUCACGGUGGGCGAAAGCCCCAUUGUGGUGGUGCUCAGUGGGAGCAUGGAGCCUGCAUUCCAACGCGGAGACAUUCUGUUCCUGGACAACAACAGGCCCAAGUUGGAGAUUGGAGACAUCAUCGUGUUCAAGAUCAAGGACCGUGAGAUUCCCAUCGUCCAUCGGGUGUUGGACCUGCACACGCGCGCGUCGGACGGCCGCGACUUGUAUCUGACCAAGGGCGACAACAACAACGUGCACGAUCGCGGGUUGUACGCCCCGGGACAGCUUUGGUUGGAACGACAUGAUGUUGUCGGCAUUGCGCGCGCGUCCGUGCCGUAUCUCGGGUACGCGACGAUUCUCAUGAACGACUACCCGGCGUUGAAGGUGUUGGCGUUGGGGGUCAUGGUUAUUUUGGCAUUUACCCAGCGAGAGUAACCUCCAUGUCAAUGCAGAUACACUUCAAUAUAUGCUUGCUUCCUUGUUA